AUGGAUUCAGAGAAACAAGACCGCCCCAAUGCUGAGCAUGGAGCUCCCACCCGAGAAGUUGAAGAUGCGGCGACCCUCGCUACGCGCCUUGAGCGGCAGAUGACUGUUCGUCAGUCUCUGCGUUUCUGGCCAAAGGCUAUCAUGUUCUCUUUGAUCGUUUCUCUUGCAAUCAUCAUGGAGGGCUAUGAUACCAACUUGAUGUCCAACUUCUAUCCCUUUCCCAUGUUCCAAAAACGCUUUGGCGAUCAGGUCGACAAGGAUGGGAAUCCUCUGAUCAGCGCUCAGUGGCAAACCAUCAUCAACAACUCUGGCCAGGCUGGAUCCAUCCUUGGCCUCUUCAUUAAUGGUGUAAUCACCGAAUGGAUCGGAUAUCGCUGGACGAUGCAGGUUGCUAUGGUUGCAAUGAUCGGUGCCAUCUUUAUUCCGUUCUUCUCGACUGGUCUUCCCAUGUUCGUCGCGGGAGCGGUGUGCCAGUCGAUCCCGUGGGGCAUCUUUCAGACCCUUGCCGUCACUUAUGCAGCUGACAUCUGCCCUCUGGCCCUCCGCCACUACAUGACCUCUUGGUGGGCCUACCGCAUCCCGUUCGCGCUGCAAUGGGGCUUACAGAAACAGAUCUGGCCUGUUCCCAUCAUGACUGGGACCUACCUUGCUCCCGAGAGCCCCUGGUGGCUCGUCAGGCAUGGACGAUACGAGGAGGCGAAGAAGGCUGUCUCCAGCAUGACCACCCCGCAGGCUGAUGUUGAAUUCGACCUCGACGCCCACAUCGAGACGAUGCGUGUUACAACCCAGUUCGAGAGAGAGAAUUCUGCCGGUGCUCACUACUGGGAUUGUUUUCGCGGUUCCAACCUUCGGCGCACUGAGAUUGCGUGCGUGGCUUGGCUCACGCAGGCAUUCGCCGGCACGCCCUUUAUGGGUUUCGGCGUCCAAUUUAUGAUCCAAGCCGGCUUGUCUGCUCGUCACGGCUUUGCCAUGAAUCUCAGACAGACAGGCCUGGGUCUCCUGGGAUGUAUUCUGGCCAUGUGGGUUCUCACGCGAUUCGGGCGUCGGACAAUUUACCUCGUAGGUCUGGGCUUCGCCUGUGUUGAUCUGACCAUUAUCGCCUGUUAUACGAUCGUGGCAGAGAUUCCGUCAACUCAGUUACGUAUCAAGACUGUGGCAUUCGCGCGAGCCUGCUACAAUGCUGGAGGCUUCAUCACCAACGUCAUCAUGUCACGCAUGCUGGGUAAGAACGCCUGGAACUGGGGUGCCAAGAGUGGCUUCUUCUGGGCAGGCCUUGCGGGUCUCUUCUUCGCCUGGACAUGGUUCCGUCUGCCCGAAGCCAAGGGUCUGACUUACGCGGAACUGGACUUGCUGUUUGAACACAAGACAAGGACUCGUGGGUUCUCUCAGCAGGCGGCGGACAUGCUUAAGCCAGAGCUCGAGGAAGUCGGCACCAGAAAGCCUCUCAGUUGA